AUGUCAAAGCCUCGAGUAGAUUUAGCUCAGUUUGAGCCAGCCAUGGCAGUUGAAGAGACUCAGCCGGCUAGAAUAGUCGAACAGCUCCAUUUGGAUGAAGAAGGUCGGAAUGGCAUGACCUCAUCGCUCCCUCGUGUGGAUGGUGGUUGGGGAGCAUGGAGUUAUCUGGCUACUGCUACUGCGUUAGAGACUUUGGUAUGGGGUAUGGCGAAUUCUUAUGGUGUAUACCUCGAUCAUUAUACCAUCUUAUAUCCUACCUCGACCGGUCUAUUACCUAUCAUAGGAACAGUCGCGAUGGGUAUCAUGUAUCUCUUGAUGUCCCCGCUCUCACUCUAUCUCACGACAUACCCCCUACAGAGGAAGAUCACCAUGUGGAUAGGGUUGGUGGUGAUGUUUUCUGGAUUCAUCGGGGCGGCUUUUGCAAGUAGCGCAGCUGGAUUGGUCGUCACUCAAGGGGUUUUGUAUGGUAUAGGUGGGACUCUGCUAUAUUGUCCCACUACCAACUAUAUGUUCGAAUGGUGGUUGAACAAGAGGGGUUUAGCAUCGGGUAUAAUGCUUUCUGGGACUGGUGCCGGUGGUCUAGUGAUGCCUCUUAUAUCGAAUGCGCUCUUACAGAAAUAUGGAAAACGAACAACCCUUCUUUCGAUCGGUAUAUCAUACACCAUCCUCAUCGCUCUUCUCAUCCCAUUUAUCAAACCGAGAUUACCCAUCCCAUCUUCGUCUUCUUCUUCCUCUAGAAGACCUAGACCCAAGGUGAAUUGGGGAUUCAUGAGAAGGUCAGCAUUCUGGUUACUCUGGGCUGGAGUUCUAUUCCAGGGUUUAGCAGCUUUCAUGCCUGUCACGUAUCUGCCUUCCUACGCAACAGCCCUCUCACUCUCACCUACCAUUGGCACACUCACCAUUGCACUAAUGAACUUAGCGAGAGUACCUGGACAAGUGAUCAUAGGUCAUCUGGCGGAUAAGAUGUCGCCCCGAAAAUUGAUAUUGCUCAUGGCAAUUGCAUCGGGUAUAAGUGUCUUUGCGGGAUGGGGAGCAGCUAAGAAUGUAGGUGGAUUGGUAGGGUUUAGUCUGGCUUUUGGGGCUUUUGCAGGAAGUUAUACUGCGCUGUUCUCUAGAUUCAUAGCUAUCCUAAAUCGCGACGACCCUCAUCUCCCGGCCAUCCUCUACUCCCUAUUCUUCCUAGCUAGGGGGAUAGGUUCAAUAGCUUCCGGACCAUUAUCUUCCGCCCUCAUGUCCCACAAUUCGUCUUUGGACGGCGCGAAGGGUGCAUACGGCGUAGGUGAAUUUGGAGUGUUGAUCAUCUGGACUGGGACGGGGAUGAUCAUGAGUGGUGUCGGAGCGGGAUACAAGAGUUAUAAGGUUGAUUGA